UCGUUAUUUACUUUUUGAAUAUCCUAGUACUAUCCUGUUGAGUUAGGUUUACAUUUUUACCUACAGUAUAAUAGAAUCAUGGUUUCGGAAAGUUUAGCCAAGUUGUGUUCCGUUUCCUACCCACACGUAAAUUCAAGGAAUCAGACAUAAAGAAACUCAUGAUUAUACCAUGUACAGACAGAAAAUUAAGCUUUUAACAUUUAGAACUUAAUUUUACCAAUGAGCAAUAGCUCAAAGGAAAUAAAUAAAACAUUAUAGCAUUUAAGAUCCUGCAAUAUCGACAUCUCCUUCAAUUGUUGAUACCAUCACAACACUAGAUAUUGCUUCAUUUCCACGAUUUUCCAACUCAGUCUGUGUCGAACGGUGUUGCGGGUAACCCGCUUCCAUCCUUCGUUGUAUUUAUCGUGAUUGUAAAUAACUCGUCAUAUAUACUAUAUAAUACAACAAACGAUUAUUGCAUCUUUAGUCAAAAAUGUGACAUAAUACCUACGUUAUUAAGGAGUGCUACGGAGAGGAUUUCCAAGGAAGGUGAGGAGUUGGGUGCAGGCGCCCUGAUGAGUAGAUUUACUGCCGUCGUGAGCAUUUCAAGGCCCCGAAAAUUGCUUCCCACGGCAGUCCGGCGAGAGCGUACAUCGCCUACCACAAGCUGGGCGCAGGCAUGGAAGCCCAGACCACCACGCCGCAGACUGAGUGCGAAUGUGGGGUACACCCAUCCGUAUUCUACUUGCUGGCAACGUUACUACUUACCAGCUGUUCGACGGCGAUGCUAUGCGCGGCGAUGAUGACAGAACAUUGGGAACACGUGGCGUGGGAGCGCGCUGCGUUGGCCGCACUCGCUAACACAUCAAACACCGUCCUACACUGGCUGCUCGAUGAGAAAGUCGCUAAGGUGGAGGAAGCAAACAAUCGUAAAGGCGUCGGAACUUUUUUAGUGCCGAUGAACGGCGGCAUUUGGACUAUGUGUGUGUCUUUGGAAGAGGAGGAGGCGAGGAUCUUGUCGCGGGCGGGGUUCCCGCAGGAGCCGCUCUGCACUAACUACUUAGCUAACAGCGACGACGAGGAGCCCAGAGCUGACUGGCAACAUCGAAUGCAGAACCUUUCAAUAUCAUGUGCACUGGUGUGCCUCAUCGUGUUGGGCAGCGCGGCGCUUGUGGGCGCCUUCGGUGUCUGCAAGCACCAGAUCAGUGCCGUACUCGUUACUGGAGUCAUGUACUUGUUGGCUGGUCUAUUCGCGAUGUUUACCCUCAUGAUAAUCCACUUCAAACGUAUCCAACGUGUAUCAACACGCAGUAGUCAGGGUGACGACACCGCCGACGGUGUGGUCGGGCCGCGCUCCGCCGCGCUGCUUCUCCUCUCCGCGCGAGAGUUCACCACCAGCUGGUCCUUGGAACUGGGCUGGGGAGGAGUAGCUUUAGCUACCACCACUUCGUUACUUUGGAUAUUAUUAUCCAAAAUAAUGAGAUACAACCCUAUAUCAACUAUGAUUUUAUAGAUUUCUCCUUUAUAAUCAAAGAGAUACAAAGAUAUAUAGAGGCAGCAUAGUUGAAAUUCACUAGAUCCUCAUCCACACGUCAAUUUAAGAAUUGUAUUUAAAUGAAUUACCAAUAGUUGACAGUUAUUCAUAUUUAAAUGUUUGUUU